GCCCCCUUAAAUCCUCCUGCCCACAAAGAGCAUUUCCCAGACGCCCGCUGCCUUCCCCUCCGCUCCCCGGGAUCUCACCGGCACCUGCGGCAGAGAUAACCAGGGAUGUCGGACUCUGAAGAGGUCAUUGAAGAAUAUGACCAGUAAGUGGUGUAGGAGUACGUGGAGGAAGGUCAGGAAGAACAAGUAGAGGAGGAGGAGGAGAAGACAGAGGAAACGAAGGCAGAAGAACAAGAAGAUGAAACGAAAGGACCAGGAGAAGGUGGAGAGGGGGACCGAGAGCAGGAGCCUGGGGAAGGUGAAUCGAAGCCAAAACCCAAGGUCUUCAUGCCAAACCUGGUGCCUCCCAAAAUCCCAGAUGGUGAGAGACUGGAUUUUGAUGACAUCCACCGCAAGCGCAUGGAGAAGGACCUGAAUGAGCUGCAGGCCCUUAUCGAAGCCCACUUUGAGAGCAGGAAGAAGGAGGAAGAGGAGCUCAUGUCCCUCAAGGACAGGAUUGAGCAGCGGCGAGCGGAGAGGGCAGAGCAGCAGCGGAUUCGCAGCGAGAGAGAGAAGGAGCGCCAAGCCCGCAUGGCCGAAGAAAGAGCUCGCAAGGAGGAAGAGGAGGCAAGGAAGAAGGCCGAGGAGGAAGCGCGGAAGAAAAAAGCUUUGUCCAACAUGCUGCAUUUUGGAGGCUACAUGCAGAAGUCAGAGAAAAAGGGUGGGAAGAAGCAAACAGAGCGGGAAAAGAAGAAGAAGAUCCUCAGUGAACGGCGGAAGCCCCUGAAUAUCGACCACCUCAACGAAGACAAGCUGAGGGACAAGGCCAGGGAGCUGUGGCAAACCAUCCGUGACCUGGAGGCUGAGAAAUUUGACCUGCAGGAGAAGUUCAAGCGGCAGAAGUAUGAGAUCAACGUCCUCCGAAACCGCGUUAGUGACCACCAGAAAGUGUCAAAGGCUGCCCGUGGGAAGACCAUGGUGGGGGGCCGGUGGAAAUAGAUGACUCAGAAGGGAAAGGAGGCUCAGCCACGGGGAAGUGUGUUGCCUUUCGGUCGACCAGAUGGCUUCCCCACGUCGUGGAGCCCACACUGUGCACCCACCUGCCCUCCCACUGCAUGGAGCUUGCAAAGACCUUGCUGCAGGCACAGUGCUGUCUGGGUGGGCAGAUGCUUCGCAAGGUGCCGUUUCUCAUCUCCACAC